AUGGCCCCCCGCCGCCGCUUCAGCCGCCGGUUCGCUGCGCUGGCUUCCAUCCUCGCCCUCCUGUUCCUGUACCACAUCUUCACCCUCCACUCCGAUUUCCAACUCCGACAUCAAACCAUCCCGAGCAGCGCUGGUCGCGCCGACCCCGAGAAUACCAGCGAGCCCGCCCCAGUGUGUCCCCCGCUCCCCGGGAUCCAAGAUGUCCUGGUUGUGAUGAAGACGGGCGUGACCGAAGCCAAGGAGAAGGUCCCGGUUCAUUUCCAGAGCACGUUGCGCUGUAUCCCGGACUAUGUCAUCUACUCCGAUUUCGAGGAGGAGAUCGACGGGGUUAAGAUCCAUGAUGUGCUCCGCAGUAUGGACUCUGAGGUGAUCGAGCAAAUCCCCGACUUUGACAUCUACAGUCGCCUUAAGAAGCUCGGGCGCAAGGGUCUGGAGCAGGAUGACUUUGCGGACGAGGCGAAUUCCGCCAUUGGCAAGCCAAACAACCCUGGCUGGAAACUGGAUAAAUGGAAGUUCUUGCCCAUGGUGCAAGAGGCAUUGCGCCACAAGCCCAACGCCAAGUGGUUCGUCUUCAUGGAGGCCGACACUUACGUAUCCUGGCCGACUCUCCUGGCCUGGCUCAAACACUUCGACGCCAAGAAGCCGUGGUAUCUGGGCACGGAGACCCAAAUCGCAGACGUCAUCUUCGCGCACGGCGGUUCGGGCUUUAUCCUCUCCAACCCAGCCCUGCAACUCGCCUCGGCCGAAUACGCCGCUCGUCGCACCGAGCUUCACCAUUAUACGAAUGAACACUGGGCAGGUGACUGUGUCUUGGGCAAGGUCUUGGCUGACGCCGGCGUCGACCUACACUUCUCCUGGCCGAUCCUACAAAACUCCAACAUGGGCGAGCUAGACCAAUUUACGACAGAAUUGUACCGACAGCCAUGGUGCUUUAUUGCCGUGGCAUUCCACCACCUGAGCGCACGCCAUAUCGAAGACCUCUGGAAAUUCGAGCAAAAGCGCUGGCGCGAUAAAAAUAAGCGCAUCCUCCUCCACAGCGACGUCUUCCGUGAAUACCUCUACCCCGAAAUCGCGUCACAGCCCUCAAGGACGGAUUGGGACAACGCGGCUGCCGAGGACCAGCCUAACGCGUCGUCUGUCGACGACUGCCGCGAUAUCUGCGAAUCACAAAAAGAAUGUGUACAAUUCUCCUUCCGCGAUGAUACCUGCUUCACAAGCUCGAAUCCACGGCUGGGUUCGGCGAGUGCUAAUGCCUCGUCGGGUUGGCUGGUGGAUCGUAUCCGCAAGAAGAUGGAUAAGAGUGGAAUAUGCAAGGCGCCCGAGUUUGGGGAGGGAUAG